AUGGAUAAACAACAUCCGAAUCUUGCCCUUGACUUUCAUAUCCAGCAAAGAAAAAAAAACGUAGGUAAAGUAAAGUUCAUGGGUACAAAUUCCAGUGGACUGGCCAGGUAGUGAUGUGUAUAAAUUCGGUUGAGUAGGUUAGGUUUUGUCAUAGGACAAGAGGACCUCGACCAGUCAACAUGAAAGUCUUGUCUGUUCUUUUGUUCUGCCUGAGCGCCGCUGGUAAUGUAUUUUAUAAUGUUCUUGUUGAACAGUGUUUAGUUUAAUUAUACAUUAAAUGCUGCAUAAAAUCUUCUUUAACAUAGAUUAAUUUGUACUUGAAACCUUACUACUUCUAUAGUUUCAUAUUUUUGGCAAUCAUAUUUUUCCUUUUAAUGCUUACUGAAAUAUUUUUCUUUCUUGUAUUUCUAUAGCGGCUCUCCGUGUCGGUAAGUAUUGUUUGGUUAUUUUCAUAUUUUACUUUAUUAUCUUAGACUACAGUAUAUUCACACACUAUUGAAACGCUUGAUCGUGAAUGUAAUUUGUUCGGGAAACCAGUGAAGCAAAUUUGAUAUUCUAUACCUUUCAUCAGAUUUCGAAAGAAACCAGUGGUUGACUGGUACUAGAAUGCGUUUGAAUUCUGUUAUUAUAGUGUCAGACCCUUUCCCAUCGUGUCGGUAAUAUAUUAAUCAAAUUCUCUUCGUUUAGAAUUCGUGCGUAACAGGCGAUAUUCGUACGAUUAUGUUGGCUGGGUGGCACACGGAAUUGCAGAAGCAUUGGAAAAGGAUUUGGCGUUGAAGAUCAGAGCAAAAGCUCAUUUUGAUUUCCUUAACAAUGGAUACAUCAGGAUGACGGUAGGUUGAGAUAUAACUUCCCGACGGAGGGCUCUCGCUCGGAACGUCGAAGUUCUCCUGGUAUUUUUCAGGUAGUUGUAUCCCUAUCAACCGAAUUUUUGUGAGAUAUGUCUUCCUUUCAUAUAUAUGUAAAUGUUGAAUAGGAGUUCUAGGUAACACAUUUUGUAUCGUAUAAGCCUCAUAACAAAUCGAGUCUUCUAAUAAGCAGUUUGUUUAUCCUGAACAUUAUUUGAAAUGAAUAAACACUAGCUGAGAUUUAGUUUAAGAGUUUAGAUUUAGUUGUUCCUAUUUUACUAAUCAGUAUUAUACUCUAAAUCAGUUUGGCGAUUUCACUCAGCAGCCUAACAAGUUAUUUAUUUGUACAUGAUAAAACUCCUCUACUCUGUCGUUCAGCGGUCAGAACACUACACCAGAAUCGUAUAGGGCCGCUAGUUUGAUUCGUUUUGAGGGCCUGUAUAGUUACAUUUUUCACAACCCUUCUCGGUUGGUUCGAAAUUUACAUCCAAAGAAACUUUAACAAUUUGCAUUUUUUUUCUUCCACAGUUGGAAGGUGUGAAACUGGUCAAAGUAGUGGACAAACUUUUGUACAAUGAUCGCGUUGAAACGAGAGUUGGCGAAGAAAAACCAUUAGAAGAUGUGAACGCACGCCUUCAGCAAUGCUUGCAUCUGCCAAUCAGGUUUCGGUCUAAGUUGGGUUUUGUUGAGAAGGAGAUUAUCACUGAGAAGGGCGUGCCGGAAUGGUGCGUGAACAUCCAGAGAGCUAUUGUUAACCACAUGUACUUGCCCAUUCAGGAUAAUAACGAGAAGUACCAGACCCGUGAGAAUGAGGUAUGGAAGACUGAUGUUAAUUUAGGGUAA